AUGAGUCAAAACGCCGCAAUCAGCAACCGUAUCGCCAACAUCAGAAGUGCCCAAGUUCAGGUGGAGGUAUACAAAUCAGAAUACCAGUCUAAAUAUAAAGCAUGGCCCUGGAAGCGCCCACGUGAUGCCAUUAGACCUACUGUUAUCAGGGGUGUGUCUACCGUGUCUUACCCGGCUGACAUGGUGUCAUGUACCCAUCGUGCUUUUGUUCCACACAAGCCAAAGCGCAUUCCUAAGAGUUACAAACCAACGCACGAUGAGUUCUCGAUACCUGACGUUCAGAUGGAUACAAACACAACAUACAAUGUGGAGUUUCAUGAGAAAUUAGCAAAGCCUCGUCCAACGUCCUUCAAGCCGGAAGAAAAUGUCAUAGAUAACAAGCCUUUUAAUGCAAAGACUGUCUACCAGGCUCACUUUAAAGAGUUUUCUCAGGAGGAGUUAGACGCUUGUAAGGUGGAGGCAAAGUUGCAUCACGAUAACCUGGGGAAGGGAGAGAAAGAGGUUUUCAAUGCGCAGAGCACCGUUCAGGAUUCCUUCCGACCGCCCGGUAAAGUUCCUCCAGCCCCUUCUCUUAAACCGACGGAGAACGCGCACAUCGACCCCUCCAAACCAUUCCAGGACGAAACCACCCACCGCGCCGAAUUUACCCCGAAGAGCAUCCCUCUCAAAUCCCAACCCCGCCACACCCCGACCCCGCCACCAGCCAAGGCUAACAAACCUAAGCGGGAGAAAUCUCGAUUCAUGACGGUGUUCAAGAGGGACUAUGUCAAGCAUAACACCACUUAUACUGACCAUAGCUACAAGCCAAAACAAGCCUACAGGCGAAAUCCAUCCAAGUUUGAUGGAAGGACAACCCACCGCAUGUCAUACCAGCCAAUCCCGUUCGUUUCCAUGACACCCCGCCCAGCCUGGGCCAAUCGUGAUAAGGCUGUGGUCCUUUCCAAGGCUCAAAGAGCUAAGCUCGAACUACUCACUUGUUAUCAGGAUUCCUAUCGGGACCCAAGUCGUAUCAUCCCGAUGGAGAAAUGCCGGGGGGUCACGUACAAGGUCUCCAACAACCUGGAUGGAUCGGGUGCGGGAGCAGGGGACAAAAGGGCGCCCAUGGAGGAUACAACGUCAUACAAGACGAGUUACAUACCAUGGGGGAAGGCUAAGAGGGCAGAGUCAUUCAAAUUGCAGCAGCCCUAUAUGAUACCCACUGCUCCCUUCCUGGGAAAGUCCACUACCGGCACCCAUUACAUGGGUAUCCCAGCACCCCCGGCCAAAUCCUGCAAGCCCCCUACCAGACCCCGCUCUGGUCCGGGUAAAAUGAGCAGCUUGACCACGUACAGGGCCACGUUCGGCCGGCGUGCAGCCAGCUGCCCCCCACCACGAGAAGCUGAAGUUUCGGCCUCGGCGUCGCAGGUCUCGAGGGCGGAGAGGACGAUCAAGCCCCCAGCCGUGCCGCCCAACACAGCCACCAAUAAUACACCGGCUGCGUCCAUCUCUAAUCACAUCUAAUGUCUAAGAUUAAUUCAAGAUUUAAUGAAUUCUGACACCAUGGGGGGUUGACAAAUUUUAUCUGCAUGGGUAGCAAUAGCAUUAGUAUAGUUUAAUGAAAUGAACAUUAAUCGUUAAUGAUUAUGAGAGCUUAAUAUUUGAGGGAUAGCUAACAAUGGUGUCAGACAGCAUUGAGACUGAAGUUUGACGAGGCAUAUCAUCAAAUGUUUUUGAUCAGCGAAUUGAUUUGACAUUUCUAGGAUUAUCUUGAUUGAAAAUGAAAAAUCUGGGAUAAUGAAUCUAAUGCAAUGACAGCUGUAAGAAAUCAUCAGCAUUAAUGGCAAUAUUAAUAUUAUGGUGCUACAUAUGACGAGCAAUGAAAUAUUUUCAUACUCAAGAAUCAUGAUUAAAAAAUUGCUUUUAAACCAUUCAUACCUCUAUCACUGACAUCUGAAUUGACCAUGUAUUAAAAAAAGAAAGUCACUUUUACUUACUCUUGCUCAGCAUAAAAUCAGUGUACUGGAAGAAGACAAAAUAAUAUAGCAUUCCAUGGAAAAUAUCCUUAAUUUUAUUCCAUCAAAACACACAACAAAAUAGUACAACAUUGACUGAGAGUGAAGUUCAUUUGAAUCUAAAGAUCUAUGAACUUUACAUAAUGUUAAACAGUAUCUUACUUUUUACUCACAUACAGUAUGUAAUAAAAUAUGUCUUGAAGCCUGAUCAUGUAUGGAACAAUGAGAGUGACAUUAAAAAAUAAAAUUUAAAAACAAA